AUGGAAACCAUUGGUAACAUGGACAGACAGACUACCCGUGAACAACCCCUGGACCUAAAUGCAAUUCAAAUGACUAUAGAGAAUGAAGGAAGCCCUAAUCUUACUGAAACUGAUCCACUUGUAAAUGAAAACAGGAACAUAAUUACUAUGAUAAACGUGAGCAACUAGGAGAUGACCGAGGGCGAUGAUAUUGAUGAGUAAAAGCAAUCUAAUUUAGCAGAUAAUCUUCGAGGCGAAUAUAGCAACGUUAUUGCUUUCGAGCAAAUUAAAUACGAAGGGAGUUCUGAAAACCAGAGUGAAUCUACUUAGAGAAAUCAAUAAAUCAAUCAAGUGAGAACUGAUCAAUUGUACGAAGAAUCAAGGGAUAUCGAAUCAGUUUAAAAUGAAAAUAUUUUCAAUCUGCGAAACAAUAAGCUUUAGGAAAAUGAAAAUUUAGAAGAAGUAGUAAGAUCAAUUAAAAGGUCUAGACUAGAUUCUCUUCUAGGCAUCAGCGGUAACUUCCUUAACCAGUAGAACGAUCAAACAUCUUAGGAAAUAAUGAGCCAAGGAGACCAUUAAGAUUCGAAUGGCUGCUAUGCUAUAUUCGAUCUAGGUAAUAAGUAAUACACAAAGUGCUCACUUGAUGACAUCCUAAGCUUUAAGAACAACCUUCUAUCGAAUCUCAGAAGAAAUACUCUAAAUAUCGACAGUUUCUAUACUAAUGAUAAGAAUAACAGCUAUAUGAUCAUGCUCACAUCCAUAAAGGAGAAAGACCUAAGACUAAUUAUGAGCAAAUACAACCUGAAUCCCAUAAUCAUAUGGGAAAUCAUACUUAAGCAACAAUAUGAUAAAAUCGUGACAAUAGAUGAGCAGACUGCAUUCUAUAACUUUGAAGUUAUUGAAGAAAAUUAGCUUCAAAAGAAAUUCAUCAUAAAAGUUAUUCAUCAAUACACAAGAAACAUCAUGUUUGUUUUAACAACAAUGAAAGGGCAGUAGCCAAUGAUGAACAUUAUGAGAAAUCUGUUUAAAUUUAAGGACUUAGCAGAAAUGCCUGUUGACAAGAGAAGAAGUAUCAUUGAUGAUAAUAGUCCAUUAACGAUUAGGGUGAAUGAGGAAGCGAUGGAAGAUAGAUUGAAAUUCCUUUAAGAAUUAAAACUGAAUCUAGCUCCUUCAACGUAUUCUAAUGGUCAUGCUUAGCAAGAAUAAAAAGAUAAAAAAGAAAGAACUACAGCGGUAGCUGGAAUUAAUGAUGAUCGUUCCUCUAGCGAUAAUGAAAACGACAAUCUCAGUAAAAGUGAUGAGUCAUUUGUAUCAUAAUUUGUAGGAUUGCCAAAGAGACAGGAAACUUUUGGGAAACUGUCUCCUCGAGUAAGUUAGAGACUUAGCCAAUUACCUUGCUAAUUGAACUGUGAGGAUAUUUUAUUUGGAAUUAUUGAUGAAUCUUUGAGGAAGAUUGAACCAAUUAUUUUGAGGUUCGAGAUUGAAGCAUAAGCCUUAAAUAAUCUUAGCCUUAACUUAAGUCAUUUUGAAAAACUGGACUAUGUUAGACGAAGUCAUAUGGCUAAAGAUGUGAUGAUGAGUUUCGAGAAUGAUCUUGACAUUAAGGAGAAGUUUUUCAGAAAACUCAAAAAUAAAAAGUUUAUUUCUAACAAAUUUAAGCUGCUAAUUAAAUUCCUAAAAGGUAGACUAUAUAACUCACAGAUUAUAAUGAAGAAGGCUAAAAAUGUUGUUUAGCUGAGUGACUAGACUUAUGAAAACAUGGUAGAUAAUAAGCUUAAUGAGCACUCCAAUAACCUUAACAGAAUCAUGCAAGGUCUCGCUGCGAUAACAGUAAUAUUCUUGCCUUUCAAUGUAAUAAGCGGAUUUAUGGGCAUGAACGUACAAGUUCCAAUGGGAGAUGAGGAAACAAUACUACCGUUCUUUAUGUUAUUUGUUGCUGCUUUUGUAUUGGCUUUUUUCUCAUACUUUCUAUUGAAAUGUCUAAAGUGGCUUUGA